CGUGUUCUGUUUUAUAUCGUUUCGCAGAUAUUUAUUGACAUAUACAUUCGCAUCUUAAAGGGAUACAUAUUUCAUCGGCUUUUGUUUAAUUGUUACAAAUUUUUCGUGUAAAGAGAUAUUUAUAAAAAUAUAAAUAUCAAAAAUGGGAUAUGAUGAUCGUGAUCGUGACCGUGACAGGCGUCGCCAUCGUUCCCGUUCUCGUGACCGUCAUCGUGACCGCUCCAGGGAUCGUCGCCAUCAUCGCAAUUCACGGCGCAAGCCGUCAUUGUAUUGGGAUGUGCCACCACCGGGAUUCGAGCACAUCACACCGAUGCAGUACAAAGCGAUGCAGGCAUCGGGACAAAUCCCGGCCAGCGUCGUUCCCGAUACACCGCAAACCGCUGUGCCCGUUGUUGGAUCAACAAUCACACGUCAGGCGCGUCGCUUAUAUGUGGGCAACAUUCCGUUCGGUGUCACCGAGGAGGAAAUGAUGGAGUUUUUCAAUCAACAAAUGCAUUUAGUUGGUUUAGCACAAGCAGCCGGCAAUCCUGUAUUGGCAUGUCAAAUUAAUUUGGACAAGAACUUUGCUUUCCUCGAGUUCAGAUCGAUUGAUGAGACCACCCAGGCGAUGGCCUUUGAUGGGAUCAAUUUAAAAGGACAAGACCUAAAAAUAAGGCGCCCACACGAUUAUCAACCAAUGCCUGGGAUUACAGAUACGCCGGCUGUUAAGCCAGCUGUUGAUUUUGCAACAGUCUCCAGUGGAGUCAUCUCAACGGUGGUGCCCGAUUCACCACAUAAAAUAUUUAUUGGAGGACUGCCCAACUAUUUAAAUGACGAGCAGGUGAAAGAAUUGUUGCUCUCGUUUGGCAAGCUAAGAGCUUUUAAUCUGGUUAAAGACGCCGCAACUGGCUUGAGUAAAGGUUAUGCCUUUUGUGAAUAUGUGGAUCUAAGCAUUACGGAUCAGUCAAUUGCUGGAUUAAAUGGCAUGCAACUGGGUGACAAGAAACUGAUUGUGCAACGUGCCAGUGUUGGUGCCAAAAAUGCUCAGAAUGCGGCUAAUACAAGCCAAUCGGUCAUGUUGCAAGUGCCGGGAUUAUCGACAGUUGUCACAUCGGGUCCACCGACUGAGGUCCUAUGUUUACUCAAUAUGGUGACGCCCGAUGAGCUGCGCGAUGAGGAGGAAUACGAGGAUAUAUUGGAGGAUAUUAAGGAGGAGUGCACGAAAUACGGUGUCGUACGCAGCGUUGAAAUACCACGUCCCAUUGAGGGCGUGGAAGUUCCUGGUUGCGGCAAAGUAUUUGUAGAAUUUAACUCCGUACUCGAUUGUCAAAAGGCACAACAGGCGUUGACUGGCCGUAAGUUCAGCGAUCGCGUUGUUGUGACUUCAUACUUCGAUCCUGACAAAUAUCAUAGACGCGAAUUUUAGAUCAAGUUUCUACGUAUUUCACACAUUCACCAAUUUGUCCAAUAUAAUAUAUAAAUAUAUAAAAACAACAACAAAAA